UAUCUGAAUUACAGGAAGAAGGAAUAAAUGCCAUUAACUUACCUCUGAGUCCAAUUCCAUUCGAACUAGACCCUGAGGACACUAUGCUAGAGGAAAAUGAAGUCCGAACAAUGGUUGAUCCAAAUUCAAGAAAUGACCCAAAAUUACAAGAACUAAUGAAGGUAUUAAUUGACUGGAUUAAUGAUGUGUUGGUAGGAGAGAGAAUUAUUGUGAAAGACUUGGCUGAAGACCUGUAUGAUGGACAAGUAUUGCAGAAAUUAUUUGAGAAACUUGAAAGUGAGAAGCUGAAUGUUGCUGAAGUUACUCAGUCUGAAAUUGCUCAAAAGCAGAAGCUGCAGACAGUGCUUGAAAAGAUCAAUGAAACCCUUAAACUUCCUCCAAGAAGCAUUAAAUGGAAUGUUGACUCUGUUCAUGCUAAAAGCCUCGUGGCAAUACUUCAUCUUCUGGUUGCAUUAUCACAGUAUUUCCGAGCACCAAUCAGACUCCCAGAUCAUGUGUCCAUUCAGGUUGUUGUUGUGCAGAAACGAGAAGGAAUACUCCAGUCUCGACAAAUCCAAGAGGAAAUAACUGGUAACACUGAGGCAUUGUCAGGAAGGCAUGAAAGAGAUGCGUUUGACACUUUAUUUGACCAUGCUCCAGACAAGCUCAAUGUAGUGAAAAAGACUCUCAUCACCUUUGUCAACAAGCAUCUGAAUAAAUUGAAUUUGGAGGUCACUGAACUGGAGACCCAGUUUGCAGAUGGGGUGUACUUAGUCCUGCUAAUGGGUCUCCUAGAAGGCUAUUUCGUUCCUCUGCACAGCUUUUUCUUGACUCCUGAUAGUUUUGAACAAAAGGUCCUCAAUGUGUCUUUUGCAUUUGAGCUAAUGCAAGAUGGUGGAUUGGAAAAACCAAAGCCAAGACCAGAAGAUAUUGUAAAUUGUGACUUGAAGUCUACACUGAGAGUACUGUACAAUUUGUUUACCAAAUACAGGAAUGUGGAGUGA